AUGGAUAACAUCGCAAAGCAGGAAUUCCACCUGCGAGAUCUGGAAACAAAAUCCGUCACCCUCUUCCCAUCCCGCGCCCAAAUCGUCCGUGAGAUCAAGGAUCUCCAGCUCACUCCCGGCCUCAACGAAAUCACCAUCGUGGGCCUAACCCCGACCCUAGACGAAGACUCCAUAAAAGUAGAAGGCACCGGCUCAGCCACCAUCUCCGACAUCUCCGUCGACCUCGUCGCCAACCUCGAGCUCUUCGAAGACCACUAUCCCUCUGAAGAAGAUGACAGCGAUUCCCUCUCGGAUUUCGACGCUGAGGACAAGCCCGACUUCGGCUACGACGGUAAGCUCGAAGCCCUUGAGGACCAGGUCACCCUCCUCAACGACGAGCAGGCCCGCGCCCGGGAAAAGAUCGCCAGCGCCGACAGACGCCUCAAGAUCCUCGACUCCUACGGAAACUCCCUCGACAAGAAGCGCAACGUAGUCAUCGAGCAAGGCCUAGACACCUACCGCGAAGAGCGCGAAAAGGUGUUCCUCGACCAUCAGGAGGGGACCCUCGAGCUGCGCCGCAUACAAAAGGAGUUGAAGGACGUCGAGAAGGAGAGGAUCAAGGUGGCUAGGCUCGAGGGGAAGGAGAAGAAGAAAUGGGCCAAGGGCGUGGCGAAGCGCAGUGCGGCGCACACUAAGCUGGCUGAGAGGCGGGAGGCUAAACGUCGUGAUAAGAAGCGCGAGAAGGAGAGGAUCAAGAAGGAGCGCGCGACGUUUUGGCCCAAGUUCCAUUACACCGCUACUAUCACCCUCGACGCCUCGGCCUACACCCCAGUGUCUUCGCGCCGUAGCUCCGUUGCUAGCGAGGCUGACCUUCAGCUCCUCAAGGAAAAGGACCAGGCCGCAGGUGCUGAGACGGGCGAAUCCUCCUCUUCCUCGGCCAAGUGCGACCUCCUCAUCACCUACGUCACGUCCUCUGCCUUCUGGGCGCCCAGUUACGACCUACAGCUCUCGACGAUCAACAACACGGCGAACCUCUCCUUCGAGGCCAAGCUCACAAACACCACCUCCGAAACCUGGCGCAACGCCAAGAUCAUCCUGUCCACGUCACAAACCACCUUCGCCGGUCUCGAAGACGCCCUCCCGACUCUCGUGCCCUGGCACGUCAAGCUGGGCAACAGGACCUCGGGUGUCUUCGCUAGCGAUAUCCUGCACAGCCGCGAGGAGCGCAAGGAGCAGGUGGACUGGGAGAUCCAGCGCCACAAGCACGAGAGGGUGCAGAAGCCCCGCGCCGAGCUCUUCGGGCUAUGGGAGAAUGAGGCCGGCGGUGCGCUGGCGGCGCAGCAGGCGCAGAAUGUCGGCUACGUGAAGAACAGGAUCAACAUGGCCCAGCAGGCGCAGCUCGCCGCCGUGGAGAUCGACGCCCGGAAUGCGCUGCAGCCCGAUGCCUACAGAAAUAAGGGCCCGGUUCUGGAAGCGUACAGCAAGAACAUAUCUGCUUCCAUUCCUCCACCUCCGGCUCUAGCGCGGGCGGGUUCUGUCAUGAAGUCGAAGAAGAAGAGGGGCUCCUCCAGCUUUACCCCUACUGCGUACGGCGCGACUGCCUCUGCACGCCGAGGUGGACCUGGUGGUUGGGUCGGUGGAGGCGGCGGUGGUGGUGGUGAUUCCUCGGGCGGCGAGGAAGAAGAGGCAGAUGGUGCGGGCGAUGGCGACGGCGACGACAAGACCAUGCUCGAGGACUCGCCCGAACUCGACUUCCAGGAUUCUGCCAUGGAAGAAACCGGCCUCACGACCACCUACGACCUCCCCGGGCAGCGAACCCUCGCGCCGCGCAGCCGCGCCUCGAAGCAGCGCAUCGCGCGCAUCAACUUCUCCAACGUCGUCUUCAACCACACCGUCGUGGCCAAGUACAAGCCCGUGGCCUACCUCAAGGCCAAGCUCCGCAACGCGAGCAAGCUCACCCUCCUGCGCGGUCCAGCGGGUCUCACCGUCGACGGAAGCUUCAUGGGCCGAACCCGCCUCCCUCGCUGCAGUGCCGGAGAAUCCUUCGUGCUCAGCCUCGGCAUCGAUCCAGCUAUUCGCGUGGUGUAUCCCAAGCCCGAGGUCCGCCGGUCCACCUCUGGCUUGUUCUCCAAGGAGGAUAGUUCUAUCUACACGCGUACCGUGACGAUUACGAAUACCAAGGCCACCGCCGGAAAGGUCGCCACGCUCUACGUCCUCGACCAAGUCCCCAUUUCCGAGGACGAGCGUCUCCGCGUCGACAUCCUCUCGCCACGCGGUCUCGUAUCGGGUGGUUCCGCCGUCGCCUCAGGCGUGCCUGGCCGCGAGGGUUCCGAGAACAAGGACUGGGGCAAGGCUACCGCCCUGCUGAGGAAGGGCAACGAGAUCUCGUGGGAGGUGAACCUCAAGGCCGGCAAGAGCGUCAAGUUGACCCUCGACUACGAGAUUGCGGCGCCGGCGGGCGAGCACGUUAUACAAUGCUAG